CAGCCCCAUGCCGGCAAUCAAGAAGGAGCGGCUGGACAGGGAGGAGCUGGCCCUGGCUGCCUUCAACCAGCCCAUGGAGACCUUACCUGACUAUCUCGCGCCUUUAGCGGCCGCGGCCAUCCCGGUGGUGACCCCCCACCCCCCGGCUUACGAGCAGCUCUUUGCCCCGCACCCCCGCGCCUACCUGGGCUUCCCCGAGACGCACCCGCCGCACCCCCUGGCCGAGGACCUGAUGCUGGAGCGCUUCUCCUCCAUCCCGGAUUUCCAGCCCUUCUUCGACAACGGGGAGCCGUGCAUCGAGGUGGAGUGCGGGGACAACAAGGCGCUGCUCUACAUCCACAAGUUGUGCCAGGGCAGCAAGGGCCCGUCCAUCCGCUACCGCGGCGAGUGGCUCACUCCCAACGAGUUCCAGUUCGUCAGCGGCCGGGAGACGGCCAAGGACUGGAAGCGCAGCAUCAGGCACAAAGGGAAAAGUUUGAAGACUCUGAUGUCCAAAGGGAUCUUACAGGUACAUCCCCCCAUCUGCGACUGCCCCGGGUGCCGCAUCUCGUCUCCAGUGAACCGGGGUCGUCUGGCCGAGAAGAGGACAAUCCCUCUGCCUCCCAUCAGGAUCCCCAAGAAAGAGCUGACUUCAAUUUUCUCACAUAGUGAUGACAGUGAGGAGAGUGACAAAGCCAAUGGUCAGCACCCUGAAGUGAAGAGGGAGGAGGAUCUCCACAUCAGUAUCAUGAAAAGAAGGAUACACACCCACUGGGAUUUAAACAUCUCCUUCCGAGAGACCUCUUGCAGGGAGAUGUCUCACCCGCCGCCUCUGCUGUCCCCCCAGAACGCACCCCACAUCGCGCUGGGGCCUCACUUGAGACCCCCCUUCCUGGGGGUGCCUUCGGCUCUGUGCCAGACACCAGGUUACGGGUUCCUGCAGCCAGCCCAAGCGGAGAUGUUUGCACGGCAGCAGGAGAUGCUGCGGAAGCAGAACCUCGCCAGGCUGGAGAUGUCGGCGGAGAUCAUACGACAGAAGGAGCUGGAGAACCUCCACCGGCAGCGGCUGCUGGCGGGUGACCCGUUGAGCCUGCACCCGGCCCUGCCUCCGGACCACCCGGCCCUGCGGAACAUGCACGAGAUCCCCGAGGGGCACCCGCUGCGGGAGGAGCUGUCGCGGCGCAAUGCCAUGCUGGUGCUGCGGCACAACAACACGCCCCUGCUGUCCCUCAACCACGGUGUGCCCAGCAGUGCCACCCCGCCCAAGGAGCACGCCCGCCGGGGCAGCCGCAAGUCGGCCCAUCACCGGGCAGAGCCGCAGGGCCUAAGUGAGGCCAAGGAGCUGGCCGAGCCCCGGGUGCGGGAUGGUGCCCCUGACUGUAACGACGAGGAGAUGAAGGACUCGGAGAGUGACGCUGAGGUGAGCGAUGAGAAGCCAGAGAGCCUGAAAGCCGAGAGCAGCAGCUCGGCCAGCGAACUCAAGGAAUGCAAAGAGACAGGCAAGGUCUGCGAGGGGGCCAAGGAGCUCAGCGACGUGGCCGCCGGCCAGAAUGCCCCUGGCAGCUCCUCCAGCGCUGAGUCGCCCAGCCACCUGCUCGGCCCCGGCAUCAAUAAAAAUGAGGUGAAAUACCUCCCACCCGCCUCCAUUCCACCGCCCCAGCCGCUGCCCUUCGGAUUCCCGUACACCAUGAGCCCCUAUUUCCAUGCAGGCACCAUGGGAGGUCUGUUUUUGGACGGCGAGGAGAGCCCUGCGCUGGAAGACAUCAGCAAAUGGACGGUGGAGGAUGUUUGCAGCUUUGUGGGCAGCUUGUCUGGCUGUGCUGAGUACACUCAGGUAUUCCGAGAACAGGCCAUCGAUGGCGAGACGCUGCCUCUCCUGACCGAAGAGCACUUACUGAACAACAUGGGGCUCAAACUGGGCCCAGCACUGAAGAUCAGGUCACAGGUUGCCAAGAGAGUUGGCAGGGUUCUGUACAUGGCAAGCUUCCCCAUGGCGUUCCCACUGCAGCCCCCAGGCUUACGGCCUCCAGACCGGGACCUGCCUCCUACGGACCUCCGCCCGUCCUCUACUGGAAGCGUGGCCUCCCCAUUCAGCACUGGCCUGCUCCCCGCCAGCCGCAUCUCGCCAAAGCAGGAGAAUGGAAACCCUCCCUUAAUGGCUGGCAUCAACGACACCACAAAACCACCAUCUUAACUGCAUGGUGGCUCUUGACACCCUCCAGAACUGAGACACAGCUGGAUGAACUCAAAGGUACCGAGUGCGAGAGACAAGGAACCCCCCCACCCCGGCCUCAGUGGUGUGCAGCGGAGGGCCCAGGAAAGAGGGAUGAUAAUAAUGAUUAUUUUUUUGUGGUGCAUUCAUUUUGUUUAAAAAAAAAAAAAAGAAGAAAAAGCUCAAAGAAGUUCAAAAGGAAGGAAAAUAAUCCAAAGAUUUACCGAAAGCAGCUCACGGGGAAAACACAAGGGUUUGGAGAGGGACGGAAACUGCUCGCUCUCCUGCCGAGAGCAGACAGCACGUGGCAGGCGGGGAAUUGGAUGCUUCUUUGCCUUCGAGGGAAGGCGGCUUUGGAGGACUCCUGGGCAUGGCUCUGAUCGGGGUGGGGGGCUGCUCGCCGAGGGAGUAUGCUCUGUGCUGGGAGCCGCCAACCCCCCCCUCCCUGCCCCUCUUUUUCCUUUGCAGACAGCUUCCUCCCUGGAGCCUGUCCUCAGUUCCUCAUUCAGGUGUCUAUGCAUCUCUAGCAACUUUUGAACCAAUACCAAAGACAGACAAA